CAUCUCCUCAUCUCUCUCUUCCCUCUCUCUCUCUCUCUCUCUCUCUCUCUCCAUCUCUCUCUGUGUUCUCCGGUCACUCUGUUACCCGGAAUCUCUCCGUCGAGAGAGAGAUAGAGAGAGAACAGUGGGAUUCUCUUGUUAGUGGACGAAUUUCUCAGCUUUCCUUAUUGGGGUUUGAAGAUUCGGGGUGGUUCUGAUGGUAAUGUGGCUUUGAUUACUUCUGCAGUUCGUGACUAUGGAUUCCUCUCUCGAGGGAGCUGGAGCUGAUCCAUCGAAAUGCAGCAAAAUGGGCAUUGAUGAAAAGAGACAGCUUGUUUAUGAACUGUCGAAACAGUCUCAUCUAGCCUCUGAACUGUUGCAGACAUGGAGCCGCCAGGAAAUUCUUCAGAUCUUGUGUGCUGAAAUGGGGAAGGAAAGAAAAUACACUGGCUUGACUAAAGUGAAGAUCAUUGAGACCCUUUUGAAGAUUGUAUCUGAGAAAAAAUCCGGAGAAGAUGAACGGAAGAGGGAUUCAUCGCCGAGUCAGAGGCACUCCAAGCGACAGAGGAAGGUUGACAACCCUUCUCGUGUUGUCCUGAAUACUGCAGGUGAGAAUGCUAUCCACUGCAAAAACUCGGCAUGCCGGGCUGUAUUGAGACAAGAAGAUAAGUUUUGCAGAAGGUGUUCUUGUUGCAUCUGCCACAAGUAUGAUGACAACAAAGAUCCUAGUCUCUGGCUGGCCUGCAGUUCAGACCCUCCAUUCUCAGAUGAUUCUUGUGGCUUGUCUUGCCAUCUUGAAUGUUCUUUCAAGAAUGAGAGAUCCGGUCUUGGGAAAGAUAAGCGAAACACCGCUCUUGAUGGAUGCUUCUACUGUGUUUCUUGUGGGAAAGCAAACGACUUGCUCGAAUGUUGGAAAAAGCAAUUAUCUAUUGCAAAGGAAACCAGAAGGGUAGACGUACUUUGUUACCGUCUUUUCUUAGGUCAGAAGCUUCUAAGGGGCGUAAAGAAGUAUCAAAAGCUGUAUCAGAUUGUAGCAGAAGCCGUGAAGAAUCUUGAAGAGGAAGUAGGUCCUUUGACCGGUCACCCGAUGAAGAUGGGUAGGGGAAUUGUCAAUAGACUUCAUUCAGGGCCGGAGGUGCAGAGACUCUGCUCUUCUGCUUUAGAGUCUCUUGAAAAGAUACAGUCAGAUGUAGCAUUAUAUUCAUCUCAUGGCUCCAAAACGCAAGAUGCAGCUACCAAAGGCUCAACCAAGAUUAGAUUUGAGGACAUUCGUGCAAAUUCCCUCACUGUGGUUCUUGGCGCCAACGAUUCUUCUUCUUCUCCUUCUUCACCGGCCAACAUCAUUCAUUACAGUAUAUGGCAUCGCAAGGUUACAGAGAAAGAGUACCCGAAAAACUCAACUUGUACUCUCUUUACUCCAAACACAAGAUUUGUGGUCUCGGGACUGGCUCCGACUUCAGGGUAUUGUUUCAAAGUCGUGACCUUUACCGGCACCCGAGAGUUACACGCAGAAGAAAUCAGUAUUUCUACUCAAACUGCUGAAAAAGAAGCUGUGAAUUGCUCUUCUGUUGUUGAAAGAAGCGAAAGCCCUCUGACAAAUUGUAGCAGUUUGUCUACUCCAUCUUCUGUUGAAGCCGAAUCCAACAACGAUUACAUCUCUUACUGCAAGAAAACUGAGGAGAAGAACGUUAUUGUCCCCAAGAAUCUACCAAACAAUGGCGAUUCUCCUCCUCCCACUGAGGAUAACACUGCGAGAAGGGUUAGCAUGGAACCCGUUUCUGAUGUUAUACAGAUCGAGAGGAAGAAUUCUUGUGAAGAACAUAUGGAGUUAAAGGAAGUUGUUCCAGACAACAGAUCCGGCAUUCCUGUUCCUGUUGCUCCAGAUCUUGUCAGAUAUCUAAAUGCUUCAGAAACCAGUUUGCCCAUCACUCCAUUCAGGUCAGACCAGAUCAAGAACAAGAACCGUAAUGGCAGAACCGGAAAGUCUAAAGGUGGGAACUUUCCUGCAACCAUCGAAAACGCAAGCAUGUCCAAGCGAAAAGGCGAUGCGAUGAACGGAGAACACUCAGAGAACGGCGGUUCAGACAGCGGUUUCGAGCAGUGUGUGAAGGUCAUAAGACAACUUGAAUGCUCGGGACACAUCGAGAAGAGUUUCAGACAGAAGUUUCUGACAUGGUACAGUUUAAGGGCGAGGCCUCAAGAGAUUAGGGUUUUGAAGAUAUUCGUUGAUACUUUCAAGGGUGAUCCUUCGGCUUUGGCAGAGCAGAUCGUGGAUACGUUUUCAGACCGCGUUUCGAGCAAGCGUUCUGCGUCUGGCGGUUCCUCUGCGGUUGUGCCCUCUGGGUUCUGCAUGAAGCUGUGGCAUUAGACGUCGUCGACGACUGAGAUUUUACAAUUAUUCAAUUAUUAUCAUUGACCCUUUUGUUCAAUCAUUUAAAGUAUUUAACUCACCAGUGGGAAUUUGCAUUUGUUGGAACAUUUCCAUGCAAGAAUAUUAUUCGGUGUUUUUAUAUUAUAGUAUUUUGAUA